CUCCCUAUUCACAUCAUUUUCGUUAACUUCUUUAAUUCAUAACGAAGGAUCUCCUGAAUCUUUGUGACGACGUCUGCGAAAAUGUUUCUAUAAUUAAUUUACUAAAUCUUGUGCCUUUGGAGUUUCAACUGCCAGUUUCAAGCCUCAUAAAUAUGAAAAUAUACGAAUCAAUCGUGUUAAUAGCGUGGAUUGCUGACAGUUGCUACGCAGCCAACCUCAUCUACACAUCGAAAGGUGUGAUUGACCCGAACCCAUAUGCUGUUCACUCUCGUCGGAAACGUUCUAGCAAUUUUACAAGGAGUGAGGAACAAGCUAUAUUGGACAAACACAAUGAGCUGAGAUCCGGCGUGAGUCCCGAAGCCUCAAAUAUGAACUUCAUGGUCUGGGAUGAAGGUCUGGCGAUGUUAGCGAAAGAGUGGUCAGAAGAGUGCAUUUGGGAUCAUGGAUUUCCUAAGUCAAACCUAACGUCGUGGACAAGUUAUGGACAAAAUCUGUGGCUAGGAACCGGUUCGGCAGAUAAUAAACCUAACGGCGUCGGCGCUACGCAAGCCUGGUACAACGAAGUCAGCAAGUACACCUAUGAUACCAGGGCUUGUACGGGUGUGUGUGGGCACUACACACAGGUUGUGUGGGCAGAUUCAUAUGCGGUGGGAUGUGGUUUAGCGUUUUGUGAAACUACCAAUGACGGUCAUAAAAACUCCUGGAUAAUAACGUGCAAUUAUGGACCCCCUGGGAAUUACAACAGACAUCCAUACCUUAGCGGACCAAACUGUACUCAGUGUUCCUCUGGUUCCGGGCAGUGCUAUAACAACUUAUGCCGUUUGUGCGAAGAUCACAAUGAAGAGUGUAUUUGCAACCAGCAAUGUCGAAAUUGUGGAACUUUGAAUACUACGUCAUGUCGCUGUGACUGCCAGCCAGGUUUCAUAUUGGACGAUUGUUCAGCUGAAUGCGAAGACAGAAGUAGCUAUUGUAAUGCUGGCUGGUAUCGUGGGCAGUGUAGUGGAUACAGUUACGUUCGGGAAGGAUGCCCACUCAUGUGCGACGAAUGCUCACCUGCGCCCGCCGACUUCGAAUGUGAUGAUGUUGUUAAAGACCCAACAACAACACUUGGAGAUAACAAUGUUGAAGGAAAUAACCCAACAACACCACCUGCAGAUAACAUUGUUGAAGGAAAUAACCCAACAACACCACCUGGAGGAGGGAACCAGUGUACAGAGAAGGAAUGCCAAAAUGACGGGACAUUUGACACCAGUACAUGCAAAUGCGCAUGCCCGAGUGGAUACCAAGGGGCUACCUGUGAAGAAAGUAAAGAACAAGUGAGGAACGGUGUAGAAAUCACCAUGUCCACCUCCAUUACUGCGUGGGAACGUAUAGUAUCAUCGUUACUCCAGUCUGUAGCAAGUAUCGUUAACAAAUUUUGCAACAGUGCCGCCGAGUAUGGUCGUUGCUGCCCAAACAGUGGAAACAGAUUGAGAGAGGGUGAUCUCAACUACGUCGGCACAGAUGAUAUUUUUACUGGGGAUGGAUAUCCAAAAAGUAUUGAUUCGUCGACGUGCGUCACUUUGAUUUUCGUUCGACCGCAAAGAAAUAACGCACUCUGUGAAGCAGGAACGGCCAAACGCAAGCGACGUGAUAUCAACCAAUUGAUACAACAUCGAAUGAAGAGGGAUACCCAAGUGUACCUUGAUCAGGAGGCCCUCUACACUGCUAUUGUAAAUAACAAGGAAGAUAUUCAAACAGCAACCGGAGUCCAAAUUGCCGGAGUAAAGAGGGGCGAGGUAUUAGUCGAAGAACAAGAAGACAAAGAUGGUGGAGGAAUGUCCGAUGGGGCCAUAGCUGGAAUAAUCAUUGGGGUUAUUGCUGUCACUGCUUUAGUUUUGGCUGUAGCUUUCUUUGUUUAUAGAGAGAAACAGAAAGGGAAAGUUCAAGAUGUAUCAAAUGUCAAACUGACAGAGGCAAACUAAAAGACGUUGAAUUAUCAAUGGUGUGUUUGGUUACAAAUAAUGACAACUACAGUAGAUAACUGUACUAAUACAUGUUGGUAAAGAAAUUACAACUUUAUAUAAUAGGCCUAUAACUUACGUUAAUUCUACUUGCAAUUUGUUCAAUACAUAUUUCAUUGCAUUUUAAUCAAAAUUUUUAUGCAUAUAUUGUAUAACUUAGGCCUACAUUGAUAAGUACAACUAAAUAUCAGAUGAAUAAUUUAUCAUUAGUAUUGUAAUGAUAUCAUAGGCCGCAUUCUGCCUGGUCGUUCCUCGUUAAACCACGCCUGCCGUGCACUAGGCCCCAUAAAAAGUCAUAAGAAUCGAAUCAACAUAUUUUCAAGAAAUUCUGAGCUUUUCAAGUGAAAAAAGGUGGAAAAACGACCGUUUGAAAUUAAAAUAUAGGCCUAUAUUGUUUGAAAAAAAAAAUCAGAGUUUCCCCAAAAGUGAUGAGGGAGGGGUGAUAAACUAUAAUUAUUUAUAUGGGGCCUUAACGAAGACAGACGAAUCAAAAACUGGUAAAUACUCGACAAACGACCGCUAUACACGCUAGCGUAAUGAAGGUUGCUUCGGCUUGUGGCAGUGUGGGUUUUUCGUUAAAAAAAAUGUUCAUGCAGUUUUAUAUUCUGUUAGUCUACAAUAAUUUUUUGACUUUAUGUGGGUAAAUAUUAUAAUUAUUAAUUUAAAAAAUGUAUCUAAAUUAUAUUAAUGCAAACGUUGUUGCUAAACUGACCAAUCGCCAUGUUGAUUUUGGUCACGUGGAUAACUUAUUACAAAUUAACGCACUCUGGUUUACGUUAAUUUUACCACUUUACGAAUCAGUCAAAUGAAAAUAAUACUAAUAUCGAUGUCAACGAAACGAACCCAGUGACUAGGCUGGUAGUCAGAAGGUUACGUUUGGCGUUUGUCUUGAAGAUGUCAAAUUAUAGCAUUUGGUAGAUGGACCAUCCCCUUAAUAGAUAAACAACACAAAAACAUGUUUUUAGUUCUUGUCUUUCAAAACGAAUCAGUUUUUAGUGUAAGAAAGACCUUUUCCGGAAUGGCAAUCAAAUUUAAUAACUUUCCAAUCACAGCAGGACUAAGGACACUCGCUUGCCCCACAAAAACACAUGAUGUCACAUGUGUUUUUGUGCGUCAUUUACUUUGUAGUUACGUGGGACUUUAAGUACCAAUAGCCAAGGCGGAUAGGUCCGUUGAGUCCACAUUGAAUUGUGUCCUGAGUCUUGCUGCUUGCCGAGGCUGCUAGUCUAGAUAAUGACUAAUAAUGGAACUUGUCUAAGUUUAUGGUAUACAUUUUGUAAUUAUCUAUUAUUGUUUGUAUAGGUAUGACGAUUCAUUUUCAAUUCUUGCCGUACAUUUUUUUAAUAUAAGGUGUAACAACAUAUUAAGUACUGGCUUCUAGAAACAUUUAUUCAACCAAUAGAUUACACUGAAAAGAAAACAUAACAUAUUCUAAAUCAUAACCACCCAGAUCUAACAAAAGAAACCUAAAUUUGACGUACACUAGAUGUCUUAAAUAAAUAUAUUUAAAAUUGAUGAGGGCAAUAAACAACAAAAUCUUGUAUUUUAUAAAGGUUGUAAUAAUUUCAUAAAUUAAGGUUCAAAUGGAAUGUAUAUAAAGGUAUAAUGCGCAUGCGUAUACAAGUGUAUAAUGCGCACAUGCUUCUUUAGCUGAAGGAUAUACUGUCACAUAAAUAUAACAAAAUUUCGAAAAAUCGUAUUUCCAAUUUUAAAAAGUUAUUUUUAUAAACUUUCAAAUGAAAAUUAAAAUUUGUUUCGCCAAUAACAGACUGGUAAAUAACUUCCUAUAGCCUUGGUUUUAAAUUUUAAAUUAGUAAAACGUCUGUAAUUCAUAGAAAACAGUUUUUUUCUUCAAUCUGCAAUUUAUUGAAAGUUUGUAACAUAUAUUGACUCCUUUUUAUGAGCAAUAUAAAGAUAUAUUUACAAUUUCGAGGAUUUGGAUUUUGUGUGGUAGUAUAAUAUAUUUAAUGAGUUAUUUGUAUUUAUUGGUUAGUCGGUUGAGCAAAUCAUUUUGCAGUGUUGUAAAUAUAAGAGUAUUAGUAUUUUUAAAGAUGCACUACGGAAAUAAAACCAUUUGUUAUAAUAUUUAAAAUA